AUGGUAGAGUCUGCACGCUGUAAGCGUGUUUCUGGUGUCGUGUUCCUAUUGGACCCAACCAAUCAAAUUGCCACCCAUGCCAUAGCUAGCAGUGGGUUUGAUGACGACAUCAAGAUGUGGGCAGUAGGUAACGCCAACACCGAGGCACCACCCAUCCCUAUACACAAAAGAGAAGAAGUUGAAACUGUUGGGACAGAGGAAGAACGUUUGGAAAAUAGGCUUCAGGAUGAUAUUGAUGUCAGCAAUCUCUUGGCAGAAACAGACCAAACGUUGUCCGCGCAUAGGCUACCCCCGACUAAACUUCACAAAAGCACUAAGUUGUUCAGUAUCUUGCGCGCAGUCGUACCGAAUACAGAAAAUAUGGAUGUCGGGUUUGCCAUCAUAUGGGGAGUUUUAGAGAUGAUUAUCGAAAAGACCGCCCGACCUUUCAAGUUGGCUCCUAUCAUGCCGUAUACUAUAACAGCGGCGCAAGUGCUCACCCAAAUAUGGGUCCAAAAUAAAGCAAUGUCGCUGACGUCGCAUAGUGCUAUAGAUUGGUGUCGUAUGGCUCUUGAAAAGGGGCAACACGGGCUUUUAGAUAAUUUUGACACCCAGACGUGGAGGGACGGGGAUUGUAAGUACACAGUAGCCACACUAAAGGACCAUAAUGUGUACGCGUUCAUAUUGCCCCAGGAAAAUCAGCCUAGUAAUACACGAACAGCUCAGCUCACCGCCGUCCUCAUUCACCUCAUGAUGUACCCAGACCCACCGCACAUAUGGGCAAAUCAGCGGAGCAUUACGAAUUCUUUUGUUGGCGAAGCUGGUAUGAAGUUUGCAAUUGCGAAAGAGAGCGUAAUCCCUCGCUGUACAAAAGCGCUCCUCACCAAAGGGAAAUCAAAAGAAGAAAUUGCCGAACGAGUCCAACAAGUGUUGACAUUAAUUUCGCUCACUAAUCCAAACUCCAUUCUGAGUACGUUAAACUUUAACCACAUCGAUUAUAUGGCUGACCUACUUAAGGUGCGCCAGACUAAAGACACGUCAUAUGAAUAUGCUGGCUUAGAGGUUUGGGCACAAGAUGACAUGCGUAUUGACGUCAGCGUCGCCGAGGGUGAGCACGUCCCCAGACUCUCGUGGACAAAUAUUGUCGACCGUAAGAUCCUUAUCAAGCAUCAACCGCAACCCCUAUACCUCUUGCCCGUCAUGGCUAGGUUAGCACUGCCCCACAGUCAGACCAUGGCCGACAUGAGCCUCAUUGGUAUGCUGGCUGCAGAAGGAAACGUAAGACCAGUCGACGUGUUGUUUGAAUUUGGACUCGUCUGCCAUAAGAGCCGAGAACUUCUUUUAUGGCUGUACGACUAUCUGCGCCAUCUUAAACGCCCUCUUCUUCCCCCAGAAAGCACUGAUUAUUACGGUUCUCAUCCUACAGGAAACGAAGUUACUGAUAAGACCCUUGACCUUCUCAUGAGAAAUAUCGUCGCGACAAAUAUUACGGCAGAAGAGUAUGCCGACCCCCAAGCCCAGGGGAACAGGGUCAUGGUGCUGUACAAAAGUUACGAAAAUGGCGAACCCCAUUACAUCAUAUAUGACGAAAAGCGCCGUCAGGUAACUAGCAUCCCACAAUUUACUGAUUUAAGCCUUCAUCAGGCAAGAGUCAUAGAGCUGCUUAAUAGGGAUGGGCAAGCUAUCUUGCACGAAAAUCAACCUAUGCUGUACCAAGUUUUCACCUGCGUUGUCAAGCUUUAUAGCAUCGUCUUGACCCUAUCGGAUAAGAUGGUGAUCUUAACCCAGAUUUUUACCGCCAUAGAGACUGUCCGUAAGGCAGUUCUCGGCCAGGUUACCCACCCCAUUGCUCCAUUCUUAAGUCUCCUUAUUACGGCCAGGGACAGUGAUAUCGAUCGCUUCAAUUAUGUCUCUCUUAAUCUAUACAGUAAAAAUCGAUGGGGAGGAAAUCGGUUUAAAGGGUACACUCCCUCCGUCAGUCUUGGGCAGCACAAUCUUCUAUGGCAGGAGUUUUCCAAAGCACUCAUCUCUGUUUCCGACUGCGUACAUCUCCCCGACAUACACAAAGCAAACACGCCCAUAUCCAGGAUAGACUAUAAUGGGACACCCUAUUUCAUCACUCUUGAAGGCGAAGUCCGUCGCAUGUGUGCCCGGGACACCAAUCUCGAACCUCAACCUAGUAUGAACCACACACUUCGCAUAUUAGAAGCUAAUAAAGAAGACGGGUCUAGUUCGACAGCAACCGCUCCCAACGACCGUUGUAUAGACGUGCUACCCCCUGCCUUGGCCAUAUAUUCUCUGUAUCGCGCUUACUUCAAAGUACGAAAGUCCACCGAAGACCGCGAAAACAUGGUGGCGUAUGCGGUGCGCCACUGGGACAAACAUUGUAAAUUAUACAAGAUUCAAGAAGCCACAAAGCCUGUGACUUUCGGGAACGUUCUGAAAACAGGUAUCAAACUAUUGAAACCCCUUGUGGAAAAAUAUUUUUAUUCCCGUCCUACCAUACCUUCCCCCACCAAGAUGAGCGUCGAAGUGGACUUUUAUUCACCCGAUAGUAUGCACAAGAUUGACAUAACAGAGUCGACCAACUGGAAUUAUACGAGAUAUAUGGGUCUUUUAACUAUGCCCUCUGGUCACAUCUUGUUUGGGCGAAACGCAGAAAGACACCCUAUUCUCGCCUUUGUAGACGAAAGAUACGAAUGUCGCUGGCUGCGUUAUGUAUUGGGCUUACAUUAUGUUCAUCUCACCCACAAGCACCUUUAUUUUGUUAAUCUAAAACCACCCCACGAGCAUGGCCUCAAUCUACUUUUAGUCACUACACCCAUUGACAAUCCACUCCAAACCAAAUCGCAAGUUGUAAGUGUAUUAAGCGACACUUACAAACCAUCACUCUCCGCCUUUUUAACAGCAGAUACCAAUCACCUUGACCAAACGUUUCUAUUUCCCCUAGUGUUGAAUCGCUGGGUUAGUGACGUUACUCAGUCCUCACAACACGCUCUAUUUUUAUAUACAGUGAUGGGUAGCCUAUUUGGAUACAAUCACAAUCAGGGCGGGUUUCGUCGCAUCAGAUAUUUAUCUGAAGAUGUCGCCUUAGCACAAUACGGGUCUUUUACAUCCGCUUCUGAUGCAGGGUUCAGUCUCCUCGUGAUAAACCGACCAGACCUCUUUGCCCAGUUCACAACGUUAUGA